AUGAGUUGCAUGAACAACUUCCAGAGGGUCCUGUACGCCUCGCGGUUCAUGCGGGUGUUCGGGAAAUUCAAGCGGGCGCAGCUGAGGGAAAAGCCGCACAGGAAAAUAGGCCCCUUCAGUAACCCCGUGAAAAGAUUAGUCAGGCUAAAGGAGAAGGAGAGGCUGUUUUGCGAGUUGGGGACGCCGCGCAUGAUUCCAAGAGCCAAAGGAGGUGGAAGGGAAAAAGUGCUCGAACUAAUUAAAGCACCAAAGGUAAGCAAAGAAGUCCUGGACAGACGAUUAGAGUUUUUACUCUCUAAUGAAAGCGUAUAUCAGCAAAUGUAUAACAAAAUGUAUAAUGGGAUAACUCCUUACCAGUGUGAAUUGUUCAUGUGGGAAAGACAAAUGAGAGAUCUGAGGAAGAUUUACAGAGCACAGUAUUUGCACAAACUAAGUGAAGUCACUAGGGAAGAACGAGAGAAACAAAUAAAGUUGAUUAUGCAGACGAGGGAAGAUAAAAGAAGACGCAGAGAAUUAAUAAGGGAAAGGGUACUGGAAGAUAAAAAAAGAAAGGCCAUUUUGAAGGACCGUUUAUCUUUAGAAAAAAAAGUCACACAAUCUAUCCUAUUUAAAAGACAAUCAAAUAGAAAAAUGAAUAAUAUUUAUUGGCUAGCCAAACUGCAGAGGAAGAGUGAGUAUGCUGAUGCGGAAGAUUUUAAAGAUAAAAUUGAGAGAAGCGGUGCAGGCGACACAGGGGGGGGAGGAAGUACUGGAUCAGGCGAAUAUAAUACUCGUGGCAAAAUGGCUGGACGUGUGAAUAGAACGGGAAGCGCAGAUGAAGACACUCUGUUUAAUCGUAACAUCUCCACAAGUGCCUUGUACAAAGAUCUGGGGUAUGAGACAAGAGAUGAAAAAAGUGAAAAUACAAAAAUUUUUAAAGUGGACAAGGUAUACAGAAAAUUGUUAGAAGAAUCAUUUGAGUUCUUGGAAGAAGAUGAAGAGGAAUAUGGACCUAUGAACCAGUUAGAAAAAAAUGAGGAAAAUGUAACUCAUAAGGAAAGAGCCCAUAUUUUAUACUCUUCCUUUACUGACGAGGAAAAGAUCAAACUGCUAGACGAUAAAAUAGAAAUACUCACAAAAAAAAUUGAAGAACAAUCUUAUGCCAAAGGUCUCGACAAUAACAACAUUAUGUUUUACAUUCAGCUGAGGGAUAAGUUGGAGGCGUCCAAACAGGCCUUCUUAGAAACGAGUUACUUGAAAAAGGUUAUAAAAGAAGAUUAG